AUGAAAGUGGUAAAGAUCCUUCGUAUUCUCUCAAUAUCAUACCUCCUCGAGACAGCUUCAAACUCAUUGCAACAGCCGAAGAAUUCAACCCUCCUUUCCCUCAUUCCAUUUACCAGCACCGAGAAUCCGUGGACGACUCCACAAUCGCAACAAAUUGCUACCAAAAUACUCGAAAAACACAGUCUUUACGUUCAAUCCUCCAAAUUUUUAGUCGCUUACCUUCUUAUCUCUUUCAUUCGUCCCAUAUUUUCGGAGGCUGCCACUCCAAAUUCCAUCACUGCAUCUUCCCGAAAAGCAGCACCAUCAUCUGCACCACCUCGUCAUUUAGAUAUCCGCGAAUCUUCUCCUUCAAGACAGCCGUGGAGAUCAAAUAUUCCACACACUAUAACAGUCCUGCAAUGGAUUAUCCGAUCUAUCUCUCCGGAGAUCCUUCGCACGGAUGAAGUAUUUCCACAAUUGGUACCCGCCCUCCUCAUUCUUUUGGAUUCUCCCUCAAACUCAAUACGUAUUCAUACUCUCCGACUUCUCCCUACUUUGUUCUCGAAAAUGGGCGAAAAGCUCCUUAUAAAAACAGGACUAGGUGAAGUCUUCGAAGAUGCCAUCCACCCAGUUUUGUUAUUCCUACCUUCCAUAACGCCUGUUGAAGACACACUCAAAUUAUUACCAGCGGGAUACGAAGCACUUUAUGCAUUAUGUGAUGCCAAAUGGCCUGAAAAAGAAGACGAACAAGCCAGUACCGGUGCCAUAACCGUACCCACAAGCAGCCUUUUAGGCAAGACAACAAACACUCCGGAAUCAGCAAUUAGACUUCGCCUCGCCUUUCUUGACAAAACAAUCCGCCAUGGUAUCCUCCCUGCUUAUACCCACUGCCAAGAAAUACCCUCAGUAGUCGAAAUACUCAUGUCACAAAUCAGUAUCAUUAUCCCGAAGAUGAAGAUAUCUGGCGUGAAACAUCUUAAAAACAUUCUACCUAUUAUAUCAAACACCCUAAUCAACCCCUUCUUCCCAGACACAUCACCAUCGCUUACCAUAAAAACACUACAAACACUAAGAGAGAUAAUCCUCGUACUCUGGCCCCGCAUCAGCGUCAAAGAACAUCGACUACUUAUCCUACAGGCCUUGGGACUUCUCUACUGCAAUACUCGUUCAGAUUCCGUAGGGAGAUCCAAGGGUGAGAAAAUAGUAGAUGUAGAGGCAGGGGUGGAGACAGAGAUCAUGAAGGAACUUCAGGAAACGGGAAAAGUUUUCGUAGCAGCGGUUCAGAUGGGAGAUGAUGAGGCGAAAGAGGAUUUUAAGCUGGAAUUGGAUAUACUUGUUAAGACUGAGGGGGGAUUGGCUAGUAUUUUCCCUGUUUAG